AUGGAUAAGAGGAUAUCUUCAUGUGAUCGCCGCACACUGCUGACAAGCAUGGCCGUUCCACUUUUGCUACCACCAACCAUCGCUCAUGCAGUCAUGGCGAACUCUCAAAACGUGUUCAAGGUGGGACAGAGUCUAUCCAUGGCUGAAGCAGAAGCCAGGUUCAAAGAAGGACAAAAGAGUGCCAAGUACUUACUAGACCACUACGAUGAAAUCUGUCAGGGAGGCGGUGACAAUGUUCGAAGAUACCUCGGAACCGUCGGCACCACCUCGGGAUUGUUCGGCAUUUCCAAGGUCAUGACAGUCUUGGCCGACAAGGCCGAUGAUUUCGUCGAAUACACGGAAUUGUCCAAUGAAAUCCUCAAGUCCAUACAGCAAGCGGAUGGAUCUUCCUACAUGGCCAUUUUUGUCACCACCUCAACCUCUCAAACUCCUCCCUCCAAAUACUUUGGUGAUGCCAAGAUUGAAAUCAAACGGUGUAUCAAAGGGUUAGACGAACUUGCAGCACUGAUUGGCAUAUAG